UGUUUAAUGAGUGCAUUACUUUUUCAUAAAUUUCAGUGAUGAGGUAAGUCUCCCGUGAUGCCCCACGGGCGCCAUGGUGAUAAACAACAUGGCGGUAGGAGGAAACUUUGCAAAGGUGAUCAACAACAUGAACCAAGGUCACCAAUGCACCGCCAUCAUAGCCAACAACUGAUCUAAAAACAGCAACAAAUUGUUUCAUCCUGAGGAAGAAGAAAAAACUUCACCAUGGAUGACAUGCCCAGGACGCGCGGCAGCACCAUCACGGCGUCCGACCGGGGACGCGACUCCGCGUACGAAUCCCGGGAGAGAACGUUCAUGACCGAUCUGAGCGACCGGGACCUCAGUAGUAUGAAGCGCGAGCGGACGUUCAUGAGUACGCUGAGCGGGAUGUCCACGCCCGGCGGGAGGAAGAGGGAUCCCGAGUUGGACAGGGAAAAGGCCAGGAUGUACUGGAAGUUACUGCGGGACUCCAUCAAGAUGGGCAUCGAGGCCGUGAAGAAGGCGGACAUGAAGACUGUCGCCAUCCAACACGGCAUGCACCCCGUCAGGAAACUCAAUCACGACGAGUUCAUCAAACAUGUCAUCUAUAACAAAAACACUCAGGAAUACCUGAGUGUGGACACAGAGUCUGUGCAUGUGUUUCACCUGGACGGCAGGAAGAAGUACAGUGUUUACCUGGAUGAACAGGUGGACAGACUCCUGUACUGCAGCAAGGUCAACCAGUACGUCACCUGGGCAGCUGGGGAAGAUGAGUUCAAGCUGUUGAAUUCUGAGUUUGAAUUCCUGUCAUGUGGACAGUCACCCUACCAGAUCAAAUGCUUGAUGUACAAUGAUAACACCAACGAGGUGGUUACAGCAGGGGUGGGACACAUUAUGUGCUGGUGCUUCAGAUACUGUAACAGGUACCUGAUCCAGAGGAAGGUGGUUACAGAAGGGCUGACGUCACAGGACGUCUUCACACACCUGGCACUGGAGGACACAGCCAGUAGACAGCAGAGAUGUUACGCUGUCUGUGGAACAGCUGUAGCUGUUUUUAAUUUGUAUCAGUGUCAGAUGCUCUGCUACAGAAGGGAUUUACAUGCCAGAAAUAUCACCAGCCUGUUGUUCUUCAAUCCACUAAAGAACCUGAUCACAGCAUCGAAAGAUGGUUCAGUGAAAGUGUGGGAUGACAACUGGGGCCUGCGGAUGGUGUUUGUGGGGCACACUGGGGCGAUCACGGACCUCGUGGUUUAUCCGUACGGUCCCUUCAUCAUCUCCGCCUCUCAGGACUGUACCAUCCGCGUGUGGAGCCUGGAGACGUGUGAUGAAGUCGACAAGAUUGACACAGAGGAAGAGGUGGCAGGUCUGGGCUCCAUUAUCAAACAGGACCACGUGUUCAGCUACUGUAGCUAUCAUGUAGACCUGUGGAGAACACAACACAUCCACAAUCUCUUCACAACUAUGGGGAGUAAAGUGAAGUCCAUCAAGUACACAGAGCACAAGGGUCAGCUGCCACCCAGAGCCAUCUGUGUGUGCGAGGACUCUGCGGUACGCAUCAUCGCUCCGGCCACGGGAAACGUGCUCACCACUGUGCUGCUGGACAGCAACAGGACCAUUGUGGACGCUGUGUACGCCGAAGCGGAAGAAACCAUGUUUGUUGCACUUGACCAUGGAGACCUGGUGAAGGCCUUCACCACCAACAACCCUUGUACCAUCAAGGAUGUCUUCCGUCCUAGUGAACGAGGAGAAUGGUACAACUGCCUGUGUAUCUAUGAGUAUGUGGUGAACCCGGCUAUCCAGUAUGUCACCUGGCAGAAGACCCUGAAGGCAGACAGCGAAGGAAUUCUCGCGUUACGACCCAAGAGAUCCAUCGUCCCUUCUACCACGUACACCAACCGGACUAUCGUGCUGGGAGGGCGUAAGGACGGACACAUCGCUGCCUUAGACUGGGAGACUGGGCUGCCUUACUUCAAAACUGAUGCCCAUGGUAUGAGGGGUGUGAUCAGCAUGGUAGCAAACUACAAGGAGAAUCAGAUCAUCUCUGCUGGCAGAGACAAUGUAGUGAAAGUGUGGCGGAUUUUCCCGUUCUCGGAGGAGGCUCUGUCACCCCUGAUGUCGUUCUACUGCGCCCAGCCGCCCCUGUACAUGGCCACACUGAAGGAACGCCUGUGUGUGGGGUUCCAGGAGCCGGCUACGGCCACCUACAGUGUUGUCAUGUAUAACCUGGUGGAGAAGAAUCGGUUCGACCACCGGCCAGACGAUGACCACAUUGAUGACAUCACCGCAUUGGCGUGCUGCCCCAGGAUGAAAGUGUUUGCUUCCUCCAGUCUGGACGGAACUGUCAAGAUUUGGAAUGAAGAGAACAGUCUCAUCAGGAUAAUCAAGCUGAACGUUGCUCCACACAGUGUUGCCUUCUGUAGUCAGAGGGGGGAUCUACUGGUGGGCAUCGGGAAACAUCUGCACAGGAUAGAAUUUAACCACUACAUGCCCAAGACGUACAUCUUCCGCAUGGUGUCCAUGCAGUUCCCCGAAGCCUUUCAGGAGGAGCCGAUAUCCUUUAACAACGAACACUUGAACCAGCUGACACCAAGAGACGUCAAGAGACUGAAAAAUGCACACUCAUCUCUCUUCAGAUUUGACCACUUUAUGGACAUCCUGAGUGUAGAGGAAGAAGAGGAGCUACACAGGGAGGAGAGAGAGAAGGAACAGAUCUAUGCAGUAUUGCAGGCACGAGACAACGAGCUUCUCAAGAUCAAAAGCGGAGAGCUGACCAGACAGAAGAAGCCGAAGCUCAACAAGAAGAAAGUGAAGAGUGAGGCUUUCAAGAAGUACCUGGACCUCUUCUAUAGGAAAACACACGAUAUCAAGGUUAAAGACCCUGAUGACUUUGACCCUGACACGUACUUCCUUGAGCCACCAGAACCAGAUGAGGACCCCUACAUGCCGGAGAGAGGUCCCCUGGGGUUCUUCCCUCCCUCCACAGCUGCUGUGAAGUCCGUCCCCACCACUGCUGCAUCACUGGAUAGGGACAAGAAGAUGUCCAGGGAACCUACAGGAAUACAGUCCCUACCAGAGGGGCCAACAGAGGAGGAUGUAGAGGAAGUGAAAGAAGAAAAGAAAGAGGAAGAGGAGGAGGAAGAGAAGCCCCCGAUGACGUACGUGAUCAACCCCAGCGGCUUCAUCCCUAACUCCAUCCUGGUGCGGCUGCUGUGGCCUGCUGAGGAGAUGGAGAAACAGAAGAAGGCACAGGAGGAGUGGAAACCUCCGACACUCACCGCCGAGCAGCUGGCACAGAUAGAGGGGAGCAGGAAGAAACCCGAGUCUGUGGAGGAUGAGUUUGAGGAUGAGGUGAAGUCCUGGUCAGAUGAGGAGGAAGAGCCGACGCCCAUGCUCUCCAAACUCAUGGAGAAGGCCAGGAAACCCCCCACCCCAGAAACGGAGGCAAGAUUUCUCAUCAGCCAAGCCAAACCCACGCCAGAACCCUCGCCGGAACCUCCGCCCCCACCCAAGCCCAAACGUGAGAUCAAACCUCGUCAGCCAAUCAAGAAGCUGGUGACCAGGCCGCUCACGCCACCCAAACCCCCCACACCGUCACCUCCCCCGCCCCCGAAAGUGCCGACACCCCCACCCCCCUCACCGCCGAGACCCCUCACCCCACUACCUGACUUCAUCUCACAGUUUGACGGGACAGACUGGUACAAGCAGUUCUUCUCUGACCCCAAGUCGAUCUCCAAGCCGUGGACCAUGCAGUCGUACCUGAACAACCUGCUGCGGGUGCUGAAGAUCGCAGACUGGCCGCACAAGGCGGGGAUCCUGGACGCCAUCACGCUGCUCCACUCACAGGAGAACUUCACUAACAUCGCUGACAUUGUCAAGGUUGUUUUGGAUUUCCUGGGCGGCCCGCCUGCCCCAAACAUACGUGACCCCCGUGAACGCCCAUUUGUGGAGUCCGCCCUGAAACUUCUGAACGCUCUCCGCAUACAGAGCAAGGAGUUUGUUCUAGAGCUGAUGGCCCUCUACCUGGAAAAUGACUCAGAACUACGCCUCCUGAUCCACCGUAUCCUGGGUGACAUCGGCAUGCAGGACCCCCACAGGUACUUCUACAGGGAGAUGGACACCUGGACAGUGUCCGGAGAGUCUCACGCCAUGUUGAAGAACAUGGCCGAAGGGUGGCUGGACACCUGGACCGGCAAGUUCAAGGUGCACCUGCAGGCCACUAUUGACCAGCUGAGGUCCGGCGGUGUCCAGGGGAUGACCAGACUACCCACCAGGCCAGGCCGGAAGGGCAAGGGCAUCCUCAAGAAAACUCCUGAUGAAAGCGAACCAAGGAGACGGCUUUCUGUUACCAUUGACGCCCCGCCUGACCAGUCAGCCAUCGAUCACGCCCAGCCGAUCGAGGCAGUGAACUACUUCUGUGAGCUGGUGCGGGAGGAGGAGCUGGCCAGGAUGAGGAAGGGGCAGGAGAAGGUCCCCACACCUCAGCCUGAGGGGGCCAAAAACACUGUACUGGUCCUACCACACAUUCCCAGUAAGGGAAGCCUGCUACGUUUGGGAGAGACCCACACCAGUAAAUGUCACAGACACAGGGAGACGGGACUGGCAGACGUCACCCUCCCCCCUAUCCUGCCCAAGCGGAACCUGGUGGAAGGUUUCACCCCGUUCCUGUCCUUCCCCACCAAGAAGAUCACCAUGAACCCGUUCCCCAGCCCUGCCGACUGGUACUAUGAGGAGCUACAACAACCCAUCCUCAUCACACUCAAGAUGGCUCCCAAAUACUUUGUCCAUGAGCUCUCAUAUCUACAUGAAUGAUGACAAUGUUACAAUGUGUUUGAUUAAGAUAUCAUUCUCCUGUAUCCUAUCUCCUGUAAUCUAAGUAAAUACAGUCAAACAGGUACUAGUGAAAACCUCUUUAUAAGGGCCACCUGGCUCCAGCAUUGACUCAGGCAUUGUUAGAAUUCUGCGUAUGGUGACCACCUAUCCAUCGUGAUCAUUUUCUUUAAGUCCCUCAAGUACUAAUAGUCAAUGUAGAUAGCAGAACAAAGGUAAUGGUUGUAUUGGGGGGACUACAGUAUAGGAAAACUGUCUAUCCCACCCCCUUGUAAAAGUUUUAUGGACAGUUACAAUGUACAGUUUGUAUGUUAUGUAUAAUGUCAUGUUGUUGCAUUUAAAUGAUUGACAAAUGUCUUGUACUGUGUUGGUUUUGGACCUAGUAUGGUGGACUGAUUUUUGCUCAGUGAUGCAAAAUGUGCAAGCUAUAACAAUGCCAAUGAAUGCUGCUCAUAAGUAGUACAAUGUACAUUUUUUUUCCUGUUUGUAAUUUAACCAUGUAUGUUAUACCCUUGAACUAUGGUAAAGGUGUAGUCUUUCUUACAACUGUAAAUAUCAAUGAAUGUGGUGUAAUAAUUCUAUUCUUGUAACUUACAAGUUAAGAUCUAUAUGAAUACAAAAGUUAGAUAUAUGCAAUUUAUCAAUGUGAUACCAACAUUUUAUAGUGAUGUAAAUAUAAUGGAACAGUUGCAUAUCACACAGCGUUAAAUCGUUCAAGAUUAAAUUAUACUUACUGAA